AUGUCUAGUGAACAUCACCCUCCAAAUCAACCCACGCUCUUGAGCUUCCCGAGCAUCGAUGAUCUUGUCCAGCAAUUGAGGCGCUUCGUCCUCAAGCUGCAGAAUGACAGCGUGGAGAAGCGGGGUCGUUUCGCAGUCGCUGUAUCCGGUGGCUCUCAUCUCAGCAUGCUGUCUCGCGCUCUUCUCGAGCCUAGAAAUGACGGUACCCGCGAGGACACUCCGCAGUUCGCUAAGUGGCACAUCUUCUUUGCCGAUGAGCGAGUCGUGCCGCUCGACAAUGAAGACAGUAACUAUAGGCAACUAAAGGACCAAUUGUUGGACAAGAUCCCUGCAGAGCUCGGAGCUCCGAAUGUCUAUCCUAUCGAUGCCGACCUUGUUAACGACGAGGAAGAGCUAGUCGACAACUACGAGAAGUCCUUGAUAAGGGAAUUCGUUUGCGGAGACGCUCGUUUCCCCGUCUUUGACCUGAUCCUCCUAGGCUGCGGCCAUGAUGGCCACACCUGCGGCCUGUUCCCCGACCAUGAAGUCUUGAUCGAGGAGGAUAGAUGGGUGUGCCCAGUGUCUGAUUUGCCCCACCCUCUGCACAAGUGUAUCACUCUCACUUACCCCGUGCUCAACCAUGCCCAGAGCAUUGUCGUUGUGGCAACUGGUGCUAAGCAGAAGGAUACCAUAAAAGCUAUUUUCGACUCGCCGCACUGCGGUCUGCCAGCUGCUCGGGUCAGACCUGUCUUUCCUGGCGUGAUUACCUGGUUCACCGACCACUCCGCUGUAGAAGGUGUUGCUUUUCCUCGCACGGACGUUCCACAACUGUGA